AUGAAGCUAAGCAUUGGGAUAUUUUUUGGUGGUCUUUUUGGUGCUUUGGGAAUUUUAGUCCUUUUGGUGGCAUUUGGAUCCGACUAUUGGCUACUUGCUAGAGAAGUUGAAAAGUGUUCAAAAAAUCAAGAUGGGGUCGUAGACCCAGUCCUGCUCCAUCACGAAGGCUUCUUUUGGAGAUGCUGGUUUAAUGGGGAUAUAUCAACAGAUAAUAAUAACACUAUGUCAGCGUUUUGGAUCACCAAUCAAGCUCCCACUAAGAACUGCACACAUGCCUACCUUUCCCCGUUUCCAAGGAUCAGAGAUGACAAUAACUCAACGGCAUAUCAUUCUGCAGUUGUAUAUCGAGGAUUUUGGAACAUUUUCAUGCUUCUUGGCGUGGUCACAGUUGUAGCUGGAGGCUUCAUCAUUAUCUGCGCAGCACCUUUUGUAAACUACAGACUUUAUAAAGCAGGAGGUGGCCUGUUUAUCACUGCUGGUAUAUUUUUCACAUUUGUGGUGGUGAUGCAUGUCAUCUGGGUUCAGAGCGUAUCGGAUGUAAGAAGCUACCAGGACAUGAAACAAGAGGAUUGCCCAGGUUACACUGUGGACAUUCGCUAUGGCUGGUCCUUCAUGCUGGCACCAUUUGGAAUAUUUUUUUCUUUGUUGGCAGGAAUGCUGUUUCUCUUAGUGGGGCAUACUAUUGUGGUCCACACAAAAUAACCUAGUCAAGUCAAGGCUUUUUCAAAGUUUUAGCUGUAAAACUCUUUGCAGUUUAUCUUUUAUACAACCAUUCUCACGUCUGGAAGUUCAUUUCCAGAAGUUUUUAUGUACAUUUGUCACUAGGUACUGUACUUUGUUUAGUCACUUAUAACUUUAUUUGUUGUCUAAGACCAAAUAUCUCAGUAGUUAAAGGGUCAUGAACAUAUUAUAUAAGUAACAGAGUAUAGUAUUGAAAUGUGUUGAAAACGUUUUAGUGAAAGAGAAGGGGAUGUAAUUUAAUCCUCUCAUAUGCUGCUUGUUUUCAUCCCAACGUCCACAUAGAUGUACUUUUCAGUGCUUAAAAUAGAAUACAUUUGUUCACUUGGUUUCAAUGCCAGCAGUCAUGAUUCACACAUAUAGUGGCCAGAUUGACCCGAGAAUUUUUUUUCGGUGCACAUUCUUGAUAAUAGAAGUUUAAUAAAUAACAGUACAUGUUAUAAAAUACAUAUCUCACUCUAUAUAUAUUAUCUUGUAUUUUUUGUACAUUUUGAAGUUUCAUUUACAUGAAAUAUUUAUGCUUAGUAGUAGCACUCACAAUAAUGGCAAAUACGGUAGGUACACAAGUGGUAGUAAAAUAGAUGAAGGUAUACUAAUUAUUACACUUACCAAGUAUAUUAUUAAUGUGUAGUACACUUUACUGUAGGCUUCUUUCACAAUGACUCAAUGCAGUGAUAGUGGGACAAGCAUAUGAUGCAUACAGUAUUUAUCGUGAUUAGCUAUCAUGUGUCGCCUUUUGUAAUACAUGCUUAAUGCAGGUUAGAAAAGGCUGAAUGUCUAAACCUGGGUUACAACAGAAUGGGCAUCAAGUUUUGGGGAAAAUGUGCAACCAACCAGAUUAGGUGUUAAAUUAUAAAUAAGGAAAACUAAAGCAGAACCCUAUUAAAUGCUGUUGUCAUCAAGGCCUCAUUGUCUCUAAGCAAAGAGAAAUGGGCAAAAUAGUAUACAUAUCAGACAGGUAGCCUAUGAAGCUUCUAUGGGUCCCUUAAAGAGAGGUGGACUAGCCUUGUAGGUGCCCAUUCCCUUAUUGGAUGUCACUGUGUUACUCUCACCACAGUGGAUCUGCAUUGUGAUUAAACAAGUAGAUUGAGAAUUGGCUCAGUUGUCAUCAAUAGAGCUUGGAGGUCCCCUCAGUUAUGGUUGACAGAAUUCUGAACCAUAAAUGAAGGAGGGGGUAAAACACUAGAUUUAUUUCUACUAUACUGCCCUUUAUCAUCGCUAUAUAUAAAACAUUCUCACGGACAAGUAAGAUGUACAAUGUUGCCCUUGUAGGUACUGGUUCUCAUUGAAGGGAUCCACCUGGGGAAUGCUGACUACAGGCAAAUGUGGACUAUGUAAAUUAGCUCUCUUUUAUAAGUAAGGAAGUUCAUCUCUGUAGUGAAUAACAACUGUCUCUCUAGCUACCUAUAGGGGGCACUAGAGAGGAGAGUUAAUCUUGAGUCACAACAUCCAAAUGGUUUUUACCUUGCUAAAUUAUUGAAACUUGCUACUUCUACAACGUCUAGACUUAACACCCUGCGGUUAGUUCAGAGGAAUUUGCUUG